CCUGAGGCAGCCAUCUUCAAUAUUCACCACUACGUUGACAGAUUCUCGUAUCAUAUCGAGCCAGUGCUUGUUGAAAAUGCUUUCAGCGAAGGUUUUUCUUCUUGUAUUUACUUUUUUUGCAACUGUUUGUUUUAGUGUAAAAGAAGCAUCAGUCUUGUCAAAUACACCCGAACAAUUGGUUUACGUAUUUGGAUCCGAGGGCGUCGACAUCAUAGACCCGAAGAGCAAAGAAGUGUUGCACAAGAUCACGGACGGUAUCUGCACUAAGUCAAACAAUCGUUUUUCCAAGAAAAAGUGUUCUUUUGGAGGAGUUAUUUCUGUUAAGGAUGAACUGAUUUUCUUCAGCGACAGUCCUGGGAAUCGAGUUCAUGUUAUUGAUGUGGAAAAACAAGAGGUUAAUGAAACAAUUGCAACCGGGGGAUAUCCUUAUGACUUGUACUACCUUCCCUGGCUAGAGGAGGUCUGGGUUCACGCUUGGACGAACUCUACGUUUGACGUCAUCAGUACAGCGGGAAGUCUGAAGAAGACACAUACCGCCAUUAAAGCGCAUGUGCAACCGGGCUGGACACAUGGUUACAUGUACGCCGACCAGCAAAUAGCGGAUGGAAACUUAGGCUACGUAACACAUAUGUUCAACCCAGGUAUUCAUCAACUCGACUUGUCAUCUAAGACAUACAAAGACUUCGUGAAUGUAUCAAACUAUGGCUGUAGAGGAACUUUUAACUUUGCGUACAGCCCGGUCAACAAGCACGGCUUUUUUGACUGCAUUGGAUCCAAGACACUCCUGGAGCUUGACAUAGCUACUGAUCAGGUUGUCCGAAGCUAUAAUUUCACAGGACGUCCCUACGCUUCUAAAUACGGCCGGUACAUUGUAACCCUUUACAAAUCCGUCAACGAAUCAAUCAACAUGCUCCUCACCAGUGAAGUGGUCAUUCUUGUCGUUUCUGGUAAGGACAGCGCUCCAAUUCAAAAACCCACUGUGAAAAUCCCCGGAGGUGUCAGUAGACUAGUGUUCGACCCCAAGAUUCUUUCUUUUGCUUACAUCAGCCUCGUGUACCUUGAUAAGAUUGCAGUGUUGGAUCUAGAUUCUCUUCGAGUGAGCUACAUUGAUGGGGUCGGGAGUGUGCUGACGGCACCUGGUAUGCAUUCUGUGAGCCGUUCUCUGGUCGUAGCAGGGCCUUGGAUGGUAACACCAGCUACAGCUAAUAAUUCCGUCGCCGUAAUCAACAUAGCCAACCGUGAGCUAGAGGGCAUGGUGCAAGGGGUCGUCCAAGGCUUGCGCAUGAUUGCCGUGCGUCAAAAAGUUCCUGGUCCUUUAAACGCUGCAGAGUUUAUUUAUUUUUCACCCCUUAAGCUGAUUAUUACCUUACUAUUUGCUUUACAAGUAACCGUUGGGUAAACCAACAAUUUUUCAUAACACCUUGGUAGUAUUAUGAAGGCCCGAUCGACCAAACGCACAUAACAUUUCAAUGCAACAUCUUGCAACAUUGUAGGAUCGUGUUAUUGGAUAUUGUGAAGGAACUGGCUAGCGCACGCAGCAUCUUGCAACAUCCAAAAAUGUUGCAACAAAAAUUAGACCAUUUUAAGCUUUAUCCAACACCAAAUUGCUCCAUGCUGCUACAGGGUGGCCGAACUCAUGCAACACAUUGCACAUAACAAAGUUGCAAAAUG